GGGAGCGUGUUACCGAUCUCGCCCCUCCAUCGAGUGGAAAAUUUUAUUUUUUUGCCCUGGUUGUUGUGAAUCAUAGGUUAAUAAAACGGCAGUCCUUCACAAUCGCUUGCUCCAUCGGAUUUCAGCAAGCAAGAUAUACCCCCUUUUGAUUAUUCAGACACAAUGGCUGCUGCUACUUCCGCCGAGGCCGAGGCCCCCAACCAGACCUUCGAUACCAUCCUCCUGUUGGACUUUGGCUCCCAGACCAGCCACUUGAUCCUAAGAUGUCUCAGAUCUCUUAACAUCUAUGCUGAGAUGCUCCCAUGCACCACCAAGAUUGCCGAUUUGACAUGGAAGCCAAAAGGUGUCAUCCUCAGUGGUGGUCCCGCCUCAGUCUAUGAUGAGGCUGCUCCUCACGCCGACCCUGCCGUCUUCGACCUGGGUGUCCCCAUUCUUGGCAUCUGCUAUGGUUGCCAGGAGAUCGCUUGGCGGGCCAACUCGGCCAACGUUGCCGCUGGUGAGGCUAGGGAAUACGGCCAUGCGGAUGUCACCAUCAAGAAGGUUGAGGGUGCUGACCACGUCAAUAAGCUCUUCCAAGGCCUUGGUGAGGAGAUGCAUGUCUAUAUGAGCCACUUCGACAAGCUGGUCAAGCUUCCCGAGGGCUUCACCAUCCUUGCCAGCACUCCUAACUCUGAGUUUGCCGGCAUUGCCCACGAGACCAAGCCCGUCUUCGGCGUCCAGUUCCACCCCGAGGUCGAGCACACUCCCCGCGGUGUUGAGCUUUUCAAGAACUUCGCCGUCGAUAUCUGCGGUGCCAGACAACACUGGGUCAUGAGUGACUUCAUCCAGCACGAGAUUCAGCGCAUUCGCAAGCUCGUUGGCCCCAAGGCCCAGGUUAUUGGUGCCGUUUCCGGUGGUGUCGACAGUACAGUCGCUGCCCGUCUCAUGACUGAGGCUAUUGGUGACAGAUUCCACGCCGUCCUUGUCGACAACGGUGUCAUGCGUCUUAACGAGUGCCAGCAAGUAAAGGAGACACUCGAGAAGCACCUCGGCAUCAACCUCACCGUCAUCGACGGCGCCGACCUCUUUCUCAGCCGCCUCAAGGGCCUCACCGAGCCCGAGGCCAAGCGCAAGGUCAUCGGCAGCACCUUCAUCGACCUCUUUGAAGAGGAGGCCAUCAGAAUCGAAAAGGCCGCCGAGAACACCCCCAACGCCGGCAAGGUCGAGUACUUCCUCCAGGGCACCCUCUACCCCGACGUCAUCGAGUCCCUCAGCUUCAAGGGUCCCUCCGCCACCAUCAAGACCCACCACAACGUCGGCGGUCUCCCCGCCCGCAUGAUGAACGGCCAAGGCCUCAAGCUCAUCGAACCCUUGCGCGAGCUGUUCAAGGACGAAGUCCGUGAGUUUGGCCGUCAACUCGGCAUCCACGAGGAUCUCGUCAUGCGCCACCCUUUCCCCGGUCCCGGUAUCGCCAUCAGAAUCAUUGGCGAGGUCACCCCCGAGCGUGUGGCUAUCGCCCGCAAGGCUGAUCACAUCUUUAUCAGCAUGAUCCGUGAGGCGGGUAUCUACAAUGAGAUGUCCCAGGCUUACGCUGGUCUUGACACCAACAGGGCGGUUGGUGUGAUGGGUGACGCUCGUGUGUAUGGGUACAUCAUCAUCCUCCGUGCAGUUACCACCACAAAUUUCAUGACGGCUGAGCCGUAUGAGUUCAAGUUUGAUCUCCUCAAGAAGAUUGCGAGGAGGAUUGUCAACGAGGUGGAUGGUGUUGCUAGGGUUACGUAUGAUAUUACUAGCAAGCCUCCUGGGACUAUUGAGCUGGAGUGAAUUCUCGGGCUUGGGGGUUCAAAUAAAGGAAAAAAAAAGAAAAAAAGAAGGGAAUUUCUUAUG